GUUCAAUUCUCUUCGCUCUAGGUAAGAGAAUGAAGUAAAAGAGAAGGACAUUAAACAAAAAAAAAACGAGUUUUUCAUAGUUUCAAAUUUAAAAAAAUUUCCCAACUUGUGAUUGAUCCGAGCAGCUUUGAUCUGAUUCACAUUUACCAUUUUUGUGUUAUAAAUGUGUAGUCUUUGUUCAAAUGCAGAUCCGUAUGAGCCAAUUAUAUAAUAAUGCCCAUUUGAUCUGAUCCACGUUUUGGAGCAAAAGGGCUUAUUAUAUUAUUUUUUUUUCAGAGUUGGUUGUGUUCAAUUAUUGUUAGUUGUUAGAAUCUGGGAAAUGUAUAGAUAAAGAUCUUUUCUUGUUGUGCAUCCUGUCUGUUUCCUUUGUUAUUCUGAUCACUUUUCCAAAGCUUUUCACUUUUGUGUGUUUUGAUUUAGGAAAAUGGAAGUGAAAGCAAGAGCUCCUGGGAAGAUCAUACUCGCAGGCGAACACGCAGUUGUCCAUGGAUCUACUGCAGUAGCUGCAGCCAUUGAUCUCUACACUUAUGUUACUCUUCGCUUUCCUCUUCAAUCAGAUGAUAACAACGAUAGGCUUAUACUCCAGCUCAAGGACAUUUCGUUGGAGUUUUCCUGGUCCUUAGCCAGAGUCAAAGAAGCAAUUCCUUAUGAUUCAAGCACUUCAUGUCGUUCAACUCCGGCUUCAUGUACAGACGAGACCCUUAAAUCAAUUGCAGUUUUGGUUGAAGAGCAAAAUCUUCCAAAGGACAAGAUCUGGCUCUCCUCUGGGAUCUCCACGUUUCUCUGGUUAUACACCAGAAUUAUAGGGUUUAAUCCGGCUACAGUCGUCAUUAACUCUGAGCUUCCAUAUGGAUCUGGCCUCGGUUCAUCAGCAGCUUUAUGUGUAGCUCUCACAGCUGCUCUUCUCGCUUCUUCUAUUUCAGACAAAACCCGUGGUAGUGGUUGGUCAUCUCUCGAUGAAACCAAUCUUGAGUUGCUAAAUAAUUGGGCUUUUGAAGGCGAAAAGAUCAUCCAUGGGAAACCUUCUGGGAUAGACAACACCGUCAGUGCAUACGGCAACAUGAUCAAGUUCUGCUCAGGCGAGAUAACUCGGUUACAGUCCAACAUGCCUCUGAGAAUGCUGAUCACCAACACUAGAGUCGGGCGGAACACAAAAGCUCUUGUCUCUGGUGUGUCACAGAGAGCGGUGAGACAUCCUGAUGUGAUGAACUCAGUGUUCAACGCCGUGGAUUCUAUAAGUAAAGAGCUCGCUGCGAUCAUUCAAUCUAAAGACGAGACCUCAAUUACAGAGAAAGAAGAGAGUAUAAAAGAACUCAUGGAGAUGAACCAAGGUCUGCUCCAGUCAAUGGGGGUUAGCCACAGCUCGAUCGAGACUGUGAUCAAAACCACGGUCAAGCACAAGCUUGUCUCCAAACUGACAGGAGCUGGUGGCGGCGGCUGCGUCCUCACUCUGUUACCAACCGGGACGGUGGUGGACAAAGUUGUGGAGGAGCUCGAGUCCAGCGGUUUUCAGUGUUUCACAGCGUCGAUCGGUGGUAACGGAGCUCAAGUUUGCUUUUGAUCAUACUAUGAAAUCAUAUUUGGCCUCUCACCAUUCUUAAAAUUGCAGACGUGUACUUCAAGAAGGCUGCAAUUAGAAAUCCAAAGAGUCAUUUUUUUUCUUAUUACUGAUGUGUUGAAUGUAAAAUUGCUUUAUUACCAUGUGAAAAUGAUUUGAAAACAAGUAAUAAAAAUUUAAUUUUUGUCUUCUGAAA